AUGGAGAAGAAACCAUUGUUGGAUUUAUCUCAACUACGAUAUCGUAGUAAUAAUGCUAUAGAGCUUGAAUCUACUAAUAAUAAUAAUAAUAAUAAUAAUAAUAGCAACAACAAUAAUAAUAAUAAUAACAACAAUAAUAACAAUAAUAAUAAUCUUGCUAGUAGUCAUAAUGAUAGUAGUAUUCAUACAAAUGAAAGUAGUAAUUAUCCUUUAAAAAGUAGUGCUGAUACUGUAAAUUAUCAAGAUAUAGAGUCACAACAACCAAUAACUUAUCAAUCAAAUUAUAAUAAUAAUAAUAACAAUAACAAUAAUAAUAAUAAUAAUAAUAAUAAUAAUAAUAAUAAUAAUAAUAAUAAUAAUGGUGAUAAAUGGAAAGAUUAUGCACUUAGUCAAUCACUUACAAAUUUGUAUUCAUUCACAUCGUCAAGGAAUAAACCUCAACAACAAAUAUUGAUUAUCUCCGAAGAGAGAGAUGCCCUAUAUUCCUAUACAUUCGAUGAGUUACAAAAUUUCUUGGUUAUGUUAAACCUAAAGAAUAUGUUUGAUGUUGAAGAAGAAGAGAAGAAAGAGAAUGAUGAGAAAGAGAAAGAGGAGAAAGAAAUAGGUGGUGGUAUUCUGCAUGACGACGAUCUAGAUAUGCAACCACCACCCAAUCUGAAUGUUAAAUCAACAUCAUCGCCACUUCAAUCAUCUGUAAAGUCACCUCCUGUUCAUUUGUUAGAUGACGACACACCAAAUACAACGUCUACCACGACAACAACCACUACAAACACACCAAUUGCCACUACGGGUUCAAACAGUAGCCAAAAAGUAAGUCCGAUGGUUUUAGGAAGCGGUGGUGCUGCCGAUGAUAGGACUGGUCCUACGCUCUCUCCAACGCUGUCGCCAUCGAUUCACACCGUAAUCGACAGUGGCUACGGUAGUGAUCCAGAGGAUGAAGAUGCUUCCCUCAAAGACCUGAUCAACUGCUUCAGCAGACGACGUCUUCCCUCGCACGUUCUCAAGAGCUUACAGGCACCUUGCUGGAUCGAUCUUCAAGGAUUGACAGAGGAGCAGAUUGAGAUAGUCGGCGAGGAACUCUCUUUGCAUCCACUGACAGUCGAGCAAAUCCUUGGAAACGACAGCUCCGAGAAAUGCGAAGAGUUUCCAGACUAUCUGUUUAUCAUUUGUUCGGAGCUGGCCUACUCUGACUGCGCGGAGCUAGUCGAGAGCUUCUUUUACAUUGUGCUGUUCCGUGACUACAUUGUUGUAUUUCAUCGUGAGCCACUCGAUUGUUUUGACAACGUCAUCAAGUCUUUCCGUUAUCUUGGUACCGAACGUUCACAGCUGUCUAGCUCCGAGUGGUUACUGUUUGCAUUCUUUGACUCGAUCAACGAAGAGUACACUUCACACAGCGACAGAUUAUCAACGGAAGUAGAGAUUCUAGAUACCUUUAGUUUCCAAGAAAACAUUGAAUACGGUGAAGUCAAUCUUCGACUUGGUAGAGCAAGUCGAAAGUGUACACAUCUUUUAUUAUGUUUAUUCAUUAAAAAUGAUAUAUUAUCAGCAUUACUUCGAGAGAAUAUCAGUCAAGAGACAGAGAUGUAUUUAAACAAUGUUAAAGAUAAGAUUAUCAGACUCAAACAAAAUGUAAAAUUAACAGAAGAUCUACUUGAGAAUCUAAAGAAUGUAUUCAUUUCAAAGUUAUCAUUGAUUAUGAAUGAAGAAUCACAUUCACUAAAUAGUAGUAUGCAAAAAUUUACAUCGUUGGGUCUAAUUUUUAUGCCUAUGAAUCUGAUUGCUGUCGCAUUGGUUAUCAUUGGUGCAAUAUCAUUGUUACUAUUCAAGAAAUUCAAACUUUUAUAA